AAAUGCGUAACUUUAUGCCUCCCAUUCUGCCAUCUGCCUCGUCACCCACUGGUCAUGUCCGGGCAUGCCUUUUUCUCGUCUCCAGCUCACAAAUUUGGACCCAUCAACACACAAAUUUCCCUUCUCAAUUGCCUUUCGUCGGAUUUGAAAACCAGAGGAGGUAGAAGGAGAGCAUAUUGCUCGCCAUGGAUUUGGAGGGACACCCAUCUCUUCUUCACUUUCAUAUGCCCGCUGAGUGGGAACCCCAUUCCCAAUGUUGGUUGGGUUGGCCUGAACGGCCUGAUAAUUGGAGGGAUAAUGCAGUCCAUGGACAACGAGUAUUUGUUAAGGUGGCAUCUGCAAUCUCAAAGUUUGAACCUGUGACUGUCUGCGCUAGUGCCUCCCAGUGGGAGAAUGCUCGCAGUCAGCUACCGGCAAAUAUUAGGGUCGUUGAGCUGGGAAUGAAUGACUCCUGGUUUCGCGAUACUGGACCCACGUUUGUUGUAAGGAAAAGCAUUUCAAAUUCUGGUACGGCAGUGGAAUCUGUUGCAGGAAUUGAUUGGACCUUCAAUAGUUGGGGAGGUGCUGAGGAUGGUUGUUACGCUGAUUGGAGUCUUGAUCUUCAAGUUGCAAGGAAGAUCCUGGAUAUUGAGAGACUUCCUAGGUUUCCUAACACAAUCAUUCUUGAAGGUGGAUCUAUCCAUGUAGAUGGAGAAGGGACUUGUCUUACCACAGAGGAGUGUCUCUUGAAUAAAAACAGAAAUCCACAUCUGUCAAAGGGUCAGAUAGAGGAUAUUCUGAAGUCAUAUCUUGGGGUGAAGAAGAUCAUUUGGCUGCCUCGUGGACUAUAUGGCGAUGAUGAUACAAAUGGUCAUAUCGAUAAUAUGUGUUGUUUUGCAAAGCCUGGAGUGGUUCUGUUAUCUUGGACUGAUGAUCAAACAGAUCCUCAGUAUGAACGGUCUAUAGAGGCAUAUUCUGUUCUCUCAGAAGUUACCGAUGCAAAGGGUAGGAAAUUGGACAUAAUAAAACUCCAUGUGCCAGAGCCACUUUAUUUGACAGAUGAAGAGGCUUCAGGAAUCGUUCAGGAUGGUGAUGCUAAGCCACGACCUCCGGGUAUGAGACUGGCUGCCUCUUAUGUAAACUUCUACAUUGCUAAUGGAGGAAUUAUUGCACCUCAAUUUGGGGAUCAAAAGUGGGAUGAUGAAGCAAUCCGUGUACUAGCCGGAGCAUUUCCAAAUCAUGAAAUAGUUGGAAUUGAAGGUGCUAGAGAGAUCGUAUUGGGAGGUGGAAAUAUACACUGCAUUACUCAACAACAACCAGCAAUAACCUCUUCACUUUCAAGACAAGUCUGAUGGGCAAAAUAAGAUGAACCAUUCGAGUUGAAUCAAAAUUCUCUUAGUCUUGUGUGUGUGGAUGGUUCGAUAAUAAACAUGUCCAAGAUAUGGUACUUGAAGUUCUCUUAGUCUUAGGUGAGAUGAUCUGAAAUUUGAAAAAUAACUGUUGUAUUUUAUAUUUUUAAAAAGAAUCUCGAGUUUCAUAUAUUUUGUCGUAGUUAUUAGCUUGAAUUUCAAUCGACUCAACCUGAUUUUAAUUAAUUUACAAACAUGUUUAUGUUAUCAA